CGCCCCUCAGCUCACACAAACCAGGAAACAGUUUCUUCUUCUGCUUCACUGAGACGAGACACACUGAGAGACAGACGACAAGACUCGCCUUCAGACCAAAACCACCACUUCCACUGAGAGAGGACAGCUACAGGAGGGAAUACUGGGAAUACUGGGAAUACUGGAGGACGACCACUUCAACCUGCAGCUGAAUCCACAAACUGAACAAGAGUUUUACAAGAACAAAGACUCAAAGUGAAAGUAACUUUCAGGGAAGUCACUAACGGAGGGAGUGACUGACUGAUUCCUGUCUGAGCCGUCUGCCGUCAUUUAGUCUCCGAGUGAAGCUGAACUCGCAGUUCAGCUUCACUCGGAGACUAAAUGGCUUCCAGGUUAGAGGAGGAUCUCUGCUGUCCUGUCUGCCGUGACAUCUUUAAAGAUCCUGUCAUCCUGUCAUGUUGCCACAGCUUCUGUAAAGUCUGUCUGCAGAGCUGGUGGACAGAGAAGGAAACUCAAGAGUGUCCACUUUGUAAGAGAAGAUCGUCAAAGAAGUUACCUCCUUUAAAUUUGGUGUUAAAGAACCUGUGUGAGACGUUCAGAGAGGAGAGAGGUCAGAGAGCUUCAGAGGCUCUCUGCAGUCUGCACUCUGAGAAACUCAAACUCUUCUGUCUGGACCAUCAGCAGCCAGUGUGUCACAUCUGCAGAGAUUCAGAAAAACACAGCGACCACAGAUUCACACCCAUCGAAGAAGCUGCACGACAACAUAAAAGGGAACUUCAGGAAACUCUGGAGCCCUUAAAGAAGAAGUUACAGGUUUCUGAACAAGUUAAAGUGAAGUUUGAUCAAACAGCAGAACACCUGAAGAUCCAGGCCCGACACACAGAGAGGCAGAUUAAGGAGCAGUUUAAGAAGCUUCACCAGUUUCUAGAGGAGGAAGAGGAGGCCAGGAUGGCUGCACUGAGGGAGGAAGAGGAGCAGAAGAGUCAGAUGCUGAAGGAGAAGAUGGAGGCUCUGAGCAGAGAGAUAGCAGCUCUUUCAGACACAGUCAGAGCCACAGAGGAGCAGCUGAGAGCUGAAGACGUCUCAUUCCUGCUCAACUACAAGGCUGCAGUGGAAAGAGUCCAGCAGCGCCCCCUGCUGGAGGAUCCACAGCUGCCCUCAGGAGCUCUGAUAGACCAGGCCAAACACCUGGGCAACCUGACCUUCAACAUCUGGAACAAGAUGAAGGACAUGGUCUCCUACACUCCUGUGAUCCUGGACCCAAACACUGCUGGUCCAGAACUCAUCCUGUCUGAAGAUCUGACCAGUGUUAGACGAGGAGAGAGACAGCAGCUUCCUGACAAUCCAGAGAGGUUUGGUUAUUACUGGUCUGUCCUGGGCUCGGAGGGCUUCAACUCAGGGACUCACAGCUGGGAGGUCGAGGUUGGAGACAGUACAGACUGGUCUCUGGGUGUGUCAGCAGAGUCUGUCCAGAGGAAGGGAGGCAUACUGUCUGGAUUAUGGACAAUAGGGUUCUUUAUAUCUGAAUUACGGGAAAUAGAGUUUGAUGAAGGUAAAUACUCAGCACGCUCACCAUCAGCUCCAUACACUGAUCUCCGAGUGCAGAAGAAGCUCCAGAGGAUCAGAGUGAAUCUGGACUGGAACAGAGGAAAGCUGUCGUUCUCUGAUCCUGAUACUAACACACACAUACACACCUUCACACACACUUUCACUGACAGACUGUUUCCAUACAUUAGCACUGUGGAUAAUCGCCCACUGAAGGUUUUACCUGUGAAGGUCUCUGUGACUGUAGAACACCUGAACUAGAUGACGAUGAUGACGACGACAGCGCUCUUUGAGGAACAUGUGACUGUCGUCCUGAUGAUGUUGUAUAACAGUAUAACACCAAAUAACAAGAAAACAUCUGGGACAAAAAGCACUUCCUGUCAUCUUUCUUCAGUAGAAGUCUCAGAGCGCAGAAACGUUUCAUUGAGAGCAAAUCAAAGCUGUUCAAACAAGAGACGAAGAAACGGACGAACACAGAUCAUCGGACUUUGCUGGGAAUCCUAAAACCACCGAGCUCCUGACUCAGGUGGUGCGUCAGCAGCUGAUCCAGCUGGAUUAUUUUAAUAACUAAACAGAAAACUGAACUGAAUUAAGUUUGUGUUUCUUUGAGAGGCCUUUCGCCGUUCAGCUUUAUUUACUGCUCGUUAAAGUUUAAACCAACAGCCAUAUCUGAACAGACAGCGAGGAACUGCACCCAGGAAGUGUUGCACAUGUUCAGUUUCUACGUGUUAAUAACAGCUGGAUGUUACUCACCUGGUGAACUGGAUCCAUCAGCUGGGCUCACUGAAUAUUUGAUGUUAAAGACUCUUUCUAGUUUCACCUUCAGAGAAUUUACACUCAUUUUUAAUCUUUUUAAGAUCUAAAUUAAAUGAUCUUUUUAUUUUUUACGUUUAGAUUUAAUAAUUCAUAAUUGAAAUGAGAUUAUUAGAUGAAAUGGUUAAAUGACAUAGCUACAGUAAAUCUACCAGUUACAUCGCUAAAGGUUUAAUAAUUAUAAGUUCCUUUCCUGUUAGCUACUGUUGUUUUUAUGACCGAUCUGCUCAGUUAUUAUUCAGCCUGUUUCUCAUGUGGUCAGUAAAUGACCUUUAUGUAAAAGCUCAACAGGAUGAACUAACUGAGCUGCUGUCAGUAUCUCAGUUAGCUAACUUAGCUAGCUAGCUAACUUACAAAGUUAGGACACAGACACAUUUAGAAAGUUAAAUUAGCUCAUAAACAGGAUUAAUAUUAAAUAACAGAUAUCAGUCUCAUGUCUGUGUUCAAUACAGAGCUGGAGUCAGGAUGCCAUUAGCUUAGCUUAGCAUAAAGACUGGAAGCAGGUAGAAACAGCUAGCCCUGCUCUGUCCAACCGACCAAGACUUCGAAAGCACACUGAUUAGCAUGUUAUUUGUGAUUUGAUCUAACAACUUUUGUCAAAUCAUCAACUGUGUCAUGUGAUCAUGAGAGGAUCGAAUCAAAGCUUAGAGAACACGUUCCUGUUAUUUCAUAUGUGAGCACUUUCAAUAAAAAUCUGUUGUUCUAAAGAUAAA